UAUCAUGGUUCAAGCAUGCACCUGGAAGCUGGGAAACUUGCCUUCAAAACCCACCCUGAGAAAGAGAAAUCCUGGCUGAUUCAAUCUUAAUCAUUUUGGCAAUGGCAGCACUUCCAUGGGACCAUUUAUUCCAAAGUUACACCCUGAACCCAGCAGAAACCUCACACCUCCUGCUGUUUCAAAUGUAAGCUACUGGCUAUCACAGAGCUGAGAUCAUCUAACCUUUGUCAAGGCACUGAGCAGCCUCUUUGGAGUUUAAACACUAAAGUGAAAAGUACCCAAACCUUGCUAGAAAGAAUCCAUUAUCUUCAUCCCAUGUAAAUUUAGAACACUUUGACCACUACUGGAAAGAGCUGCUUUCAAGACACUGCUAAAGAAUUAUUCAUCCGAUAAAUUUCCUGAGGUUUCUGCCAGUGAAUCAGUCUGCUGGCGGAGACGGACCAGCGACCGUGGCAGAAGACAGAAGCAAGGCAGUCAAAGCAGAGCCCCAAGAUGUGGUGCCUCCUGGUGCUGCUCUGCUCCCAAGGAAUUGCCUUUUCAGCAGGAUUCACGGCAGUUCCCACUGCAGGUGCUGACACAAACCGCUGCAAGAAGAGUCGCAACCCCGAAUGCUUCAUGAAUGUUAGUGAAAUUAUCAGAUAUCAUGGAUUUCCCAGUGAGGAAUAUGAAGUUACAACAGAGGAUGGAUACAUUCUUGCUCUUUACAGAAUUCCUGCUGGGAGGAAUGAUCGAAGUACAGGGCAAAGGCCUGCAGUGUUCCUGCAGCAUGCUUUCCUAGGAGAUGCUACUCACUGGAUUUCCAACCUGCCCAACAACAGCCUGGGCUUUGUGCUCGCAGAUGCCGGCUAUGACGUCUGGUUGGGAAACAGCAGAGGGAACACCUGGUCUUUAAAACACAAGACCCUUAAACCCUCCCAGAAGGAGUUCUGGCAGUUCAGCUUCGAUGAAAUGGGUAAAUACGAUAUUCCUGCAGAACUGAACUUCAUCAUGAAUAAAACUGGACAUAAGGAUGUUUACUAUGUUGGUCACUCUGAAGGGUCAACUGUAGGCUUCAUAGCAUUUUAUACAUACCCUGAGCUGGCUAAACGGGUGAAAAUCUUCUUUGCUCUGGGCCCAGUAACUGUGUGUUCACAUGCUACAAGCCCUCUGGUUAAGAUUACAAAUCUUCCUGAACCACUGCUCAGGUUAGUACUUGGCUGCAAAGGAGCUAUGCACCAGAUCAAAUUUCUGAAAGGACCCGUGACACAGCUCUGUACAAGCCUGGAUAAGUUUUGUGCCCAUGUUCUCUGUUACAUAGCUGGAGGCAGUAUAAAAAAUAUCAACACGAGUCGAAUAGAUACGUAUGUAGGACAUUCCCCAGCUGGAACAUCAGUACAGAACAUUCUUCACUGGCGACAGCUAGUACAUACAGACCAGUUUCAAGCCUAUGAUUAUGGCUCUAAGGAAAACAUGAAGAAAUACAACCAGACUGCUCCUCCUGUGUACAGGAUUGAGGAGAUAAAGACACCAACUGCUGUUUGGAGUGGUGGGCAGGACACAUUUGCAGAUCCAAAAGACAUGGCAAGGCUACUUCCUCGGAUUACUAAUCUCAUUUACCAUGAGCAUUUUCCUCCUUGGGGACAUCUCGAUUUCAUCUGGGGCCUUGAUGCAACUGAGAAAAUUUAUCUGAAAAUCAUUGAAUUAAUAAGAAAAUAUUAAUGAAACCAUGAGAAGAGUGUUGAUUGUAAAUACCUCCAAAACUUCUAUUUGGCAAUAAGGGUGUCAGGGGAAGAGGUAAACACACAGGCACACAUAAUGGAUGCAUCUAUAGGUAUUUAUUUGUUCUUAUUUAUUUAUUGCUUUCCUCAUAAUUUGAGCUUUUCCAUGGUGUUACUGUGACUGCUGUCUUUCUGAGAGGCCUGAGGUAUUUAAGAAUGAAAGCUGAAAACAGGAAUAUAUUUGAGUACAUACUGCAGGGAUCACUGAAUUUCAACAGUCUUUAUUUUUACAAGACUAAUUUUCCUACACCUGAAUUCAUUGCUAUUCUCAGAUAGAUCUUACCCAAUUGAGGCAUUCUCAUGCCCAAUUUUUGUCUUCCUAUGGAGAUCCAAAAGUGUGAUUUGAUCAUUUCUCUGUUGAAAGGAGCAAUUUUGUUUAAAUUAAAUUAUUGCAACCCUU